CAUGUUGCCAUGCGUCACCCAAUUCCCAAAUCCAUCCGUAGAUAACGCUCAAGUUUCUUCCACUAGGGCAAAGGGUGGUCGAGAAUAGAAAUUGAGAAGGGGAAAGAAGAGAACGCAAUGGAUGCUACCAAAGCUUCGCCAUUUUCGGAGAAGAAAAAGCCUGUACCGGUAGAAAACCUAGUCUUUGGCGAGAAAUCCAAAUGGAGAAGAGGUGAGGUCGACACUUCAGCUCCUUUCGAAUCGGUUAAGGAAGCUGUGGAUCGUUUCGGAGGGAGCGCCGUCUGGAAUUCCCAGCUCAGGAUGUUCUUCCUCCCUGAAAAACGCUGUUCUUCCAAGGAAUAUAUGGUUCUGAAUGUGCAAGAGCAGGCUGACCAGUUGGAGAAGGGUCUCUUUAUAAAAGAACCGGAAGUUCCCAAAAGAGUCUUGGAUGACUUUGAAUCGCAAUUGCAGAAAGAGGAAACCUCUGAAGUCAAUAAAAUCCCCGGGCCACAGUCAAGUGGCCUAAAAUUUCGUCCUGUUGCACUAAAGGAAAAAGAAAAUAUCUUAAUCAAUGCAGUCAAUGCAGUUACAGAUAGAGGUCAAUCUUCAGGUUCAAUUUUAGAUGAGCUAGAGCUGGCAAAGAUGAAUCUGAGCAGAACAACUUGUGAUCUAACAAAAAUCCGUGCAUUCAUUGAAACACUCUACAACGAAAUAGAGAAUGAAAGAACAAUCCAGGAAAAAACACCUGAAAAGCUUUCAUCACUUGGAACUAUUGUUUCUUUCCUAGAAGAAGAUCUGAAGAAAACAACGUUAAAACUACAAAUUACCAAAGAAGCUAAUGAUAACUUGCACAGGGACCCCGUCGAUAUCUCAAGAGAGAUUGAGCAUCUGAGGUCUCAGACAGAAGAGUUCAGGCAAACAGCAACAGCUGCCAAAUCUGAAGCAUCAAACUUAACUUGCGAGAUUGAGAAGAUGCAAGCGGGUAUUAAGACUGCCGAAAUGAGGAAGCUUGCUGCUAAGAAAAUGGAAGAAGCUGCUAAGGCUGCCGAAGCUGUUGCAAUUACUAGGAUGAAGGAUAUAAUGAGAGACAAAAACUCGACACUGGCGCUUCCUGUUGAAAAGAAUUUGAUGUCAGUAACUAAUGAAGAUUCCUCGGGCAAGAAAAUUGAAGUUUCUUCCAUGGUUGAUGUAGAAACAUCAAACCUGUCUAAGCUGGAGUUGCUGGCAAAAGUGAAGGAAGCUGCAGAAGAAGUUAAAACCAGCAGGAAGGUGUUGGAAGAUGCAUUAAACCGUUUAGAAGCUGCAAACAGUGAGAAGCUGGCAGCUGAAGGGGCAUUUUGGAGAUGGCCUCUGUAUAGUGAGAAGAUUCAUUCCAGUUCCCCUAAAUUUAAGAACUACACAUACUCAAGGAUGCUUGAAUUUAAUGGCUUUAACUUGGCUAGUCAUACUUCAAAGAGUGGAUUCAAACAUGCACUAUCUAUAGGAGAAAUACUUAGUAAAAAAUUAAUGGGUUUGGAAGGAUACGAGCAUGCUAUAAGAGAAAUAUGCGAGAUGCCAGAUGAAAAAGAUAAGGUCUCUCUUGGUCAAAUACUCAAUAGAAAACUGGAACUUUUACCUCCUCUGGUUGUUGAUGGAUUUGUUUGCAAGCAGCAACCCUUAAAGAGGAAGAGAAAGAAAUUUGGCUUUGUGGGAUUGUCUUAGCUCCUUGAACGAGAAAGCAAGACAAGCAAGAGUUAGAGAAGUCACGUUCUACUCAAGUUUCUACUGGAUGGAUAAAACAAAGCAUGAGAAACUAGAUUUGGCAUUUGGGAGUUUUUAAUAGCUUCUUAAACAGCGGAGCUCCAUAAAAAAAUGCAGCUAGGACAAAGAUGAGAAAGGUUAUUGAAAUCGAGUUGCUGUAGCUUGUUUCUUUGGCCUAUUUCUCACAUUCAGUUUGAGAAAUAUUUCUUCCACUUCAGUGCUAGUGGCAUAUUCUUUGAUGACUGUAAUUUUUAGUUAGAUUGUCACUAGUCUUAGCUUUUAGUUGAAUAAGUGCAGCUUUAUAUUUCGUCUAGCCGGAUAUGUUGCUUUUGUAUAUGUUAUCAGUUUAUUUUCUUUGUAGCUUUUCCUGUA